GAACAAUCGGAAGAAAGAAAAGCAUCCUUGUCAGCCGAUAGGAAAAAUCUUUUUCAGUACCGGGUGAAGCGAAGCAACUCACACAGUGGAUCCUCUUCACCAUACUCCGUAUCUCCAGUCAGUAGCAAAAGUCAGAAGUUGUUAAGGUCACCGAGAAAGGCAGCAAGAAAGAUCUCAAAAAUUCCUUUUAAAGUCCUUGAUGCUCCCGAACUUCAGGAUGACUUCUACCUAAACCUAGUUGACUGGUCUUCAACGAACGUUCUCAGUGUAGGCUUAGGGACGUGUGUUUAUCUGUGGAGUGCGUGCACAUCCCAGGUGACGAGGCUGUGUGACCUGUCUCCUGAUGGUGACUCGGUGACGUCUGUAUCCUGGGCCGAAAGAGGCCAGCUGGUGGCAGUAGGAACACAUAAAGGCUAUGUUCAAGUGUGGGAUGUAGCAGCCAACAAUAUAUCAUCGAAAGAGCAGAAAUCAUGUAAUGAUAAACGUUUUUUUCAGGUUUGUGGAUUAAAGUGGUCACCAGAUAACCAGCAUCUCGCCUCGGGCGGGAACGACAACAAGUUAUUUGUGUGGAACCUGAACAGCGUGGUACCCGUACAGACGUACACAGAACACCUUGCUGCUGUUAAGGCUAUUGCUUGGUCACCACAUCACCAUGGCCUCUUGGCCAGUGGUGGGGGUACGGCUGACCGGUGUAUAAGGUUCUGGAACACCUUAACUGGUCAGCCCAUGCAGUGUGUGGACACAGGGUCACAAGUGUGCAACUUAGCAUGGUCUAAGCAUGCUUCGGAACUUGUAAGCACUCAUGGAUAUUCCCAGAACCAGAUCCUCGUGUGGAAGUACCCUUCCUUAACUCAAGUAGCUAAAUUAACGGGGCACUCUUAUAGGGUACUGUACCUGGCAGUGUCACCUGACGGUGAAUCCAUUGUGACAGGUGCUGGGGAUGAAACAUUAAGGUUUUGGAAUGUCUUUAGCAAGGCAAGGUCUCAGAAGGAAGCCAAGUCAGCACUGAAUUUAUUCACAAGCAUUCGUUAAGAUUAGACUUAUCAUGGAACAAACGUCUCAUCAAUGUCGAGUUUUCUGUAUAAUUUUUACAGUGUUGUAGCAAAGCAUUUUUGUGAAUAAAACUUGUAUAAUUUCCUUCA